AUGUCGGGAAAGGCGGCCACGCCAAAUACGCUGGAGAAGCCUUUGGGCUCUAGAAACCUAGAAGUUUCAUCGAAGACUCCUUUGUUUCGGCCGGGAAGUCUAGCCGCUCAAGAUGAGGAAGACCGAAGAACCGGCCGGGGGUCCGUUUCGCAACGCUCAGCUGAGCUUCCUUCAACGGGACUCGUGCAGGCACCACCAGAUAUUGUUGUUCCUCGAACAAGGAGCGCUUUGGACAAACCGCCACGCUCCAUAGGGGUGCAUUCUAUGCUCAAUCCCACACAACCGGAAACUUCAGCACCGCGGAACAACUUACGGAGAAGUGCAGCGCAUCUGGAGACUGAGCCACCGCCGGCCCUUAAACCUCGUCUCUCGACCAAUUCAGGUCCUGAGGCAGAAUCCACCAUGUUGUCGGACGUUCGUCAAAGCCGAGUUGACCGCGCUCGUGGUGGAGCAGAGCAGGGCCCUUUCGCGCCCACUUCCCCAGCGCGGAGAACUGUGAGCUUGCGGCCAACGCCUCUCUCUGAGGCAUCGAUUGAUGCCAAGCAGUCACCUUUCCUGUCACCGCGAGCAGCGUCUCAUAGCAACACGCACCGGACGACCUCAGUUCCGGAACUCACGCGACCAGUUUCUCCACCUGGUCGCCUUAAGCAAUCUUUGAGCUUUCCAGCUGCUCCUGCGCUACGGUCACCCAGAGGAGGACGGAGUGGUGAAGUAUUCCCUAUUGCCCCGUCCCGAAGCGCGAGUCCACCAGCGCUAUACCCGUCAUUUGGCCAAGCACCACCUCACACGUCACCUUCGCUUCAUUCUGCUCCAUCGACCUUUGCCCAAUAUAAUAUAGCCACUGGUGGCAUUGGCAGCGGUGGACCGAUCCCUGCAUCUCACCCUUCGCCAGCAUCGGACGGUCGAUAUGGACCCAUAAUGAUGCCGUCAGCACAGAGUGGCUACCAACUAAUGACACUAGAGACAGACCAAGGACCCAUUCAAGUGCCAGUAGACGUGCAAGCAGCGUCGAGGGUGGCAGACGAGAAGCGGAGAAGAAACGCCGGCGCAUCGGCACGGUUCAGGCAAAGGCGAAAAGAGAAAGAGCGAGAGGCGUCUCACACGAUUUCAAAACUGGAGCAGCAAGUACGAGACCUGGCGGAGGAUGCAGACUUUUAUCGGCAAGAGCGAGACCAUUUUCGGAAGAUUGCUUACGACGCUGGCGGAAAGGGCCAAAUGGUUCCACGACCACCGUCUCCUCGUCAGCGACGGAUGCUCCAGUCCUCUGGUCCUCUGACACCAGGCAUGCUUUGGCAAGCAGAUCAAUUGCAAGGGGACUCUGACCGAAGAGCCCGGCGAAGUGCCAGCUUGCAAUCAUUGAGCUACGCCGGAUCGCCUCCGAUUCCAUCUCUAGUUGCGGCCAAUCUGGCAGUCACAGUUCCUCCACCAUCGAUUCCACCGCCGCACCCCGCGCCUCCACCUCAGAUUGCUACAUAUGGUCGAGCAGUGCUUCCGCCGGAGCCAAGUGAUGCCCAUUCUGUCGCUGGUCGCGGACCUGUGGUGACUAUGUCGGCACCUCCAAGCAGCAAUACUUUCGAAACAUACGCGCCCAAACCAUUCGACCGGGCAUGGCAAGCUGGGCCUAGCUCUCGCUAG